AUGGCUUCAUUGUCAUUGAUGUAUUUUCUCAUAAUUCUGCUGUUUCGAUCAUUGCUCACUGAAGGAAGGGCACUGAAACGGACUCAGAGAGAACCCAAUAUAUCUGCUGAUUUCAAGGUUUACUUGAAAAUAAUUGUUUGCCAAAUCAUAAUGGAUAACAUAGAUAUUAUUCAGAUAUGA